AUGGAGGUUUGGAACAGAGAAACAGUGCCAAAAGUGAUGGAGAUAGUGAGCAAUAGACUCCCUCAAAGGGAUCUCACAUCUCUCUUGCUUGUCAGUCCUUGGCUUCAUCGCAGUCUCUCUUCUCACCCCUCACUCUGGCUGGUUCUUGAUUUUCAUGAGAUGAAUAAUGCUGGAAAUCGCCUCGUGGCAGCCCUCUCUGCGCCGAGAUACGGAAAUGUGAAGCAUAUAAGCCUUGAGUUUGCACGCGACGUUGAAGAUAAGCAUCUUGAAAUCGUCAAAAGCAAGUGUAGAAAUUCCCUUGGAAACCUUGAGGUUUUGAAUUUGAACGGCUGCCAAAAAAUCUCAGAUAAUGGAAUUGAAUUUAUAACAUAUGCUUGUCCUAAGUUGAAGGCUUUUUCAGUAUACUGGAACGUAAGGGUUACGGAUCUUGGCAUUAAUUAUUUGGUGAAGAACUGCAAACACGUGAUUGAUUUGAACUUGAGCGGCUGUAAGAAUAUCACGGAUGAAGGUUUGAAAUUAAUUUCUGAAAAUUAUCGAGAGUUGGAAGAAUUGAACCUCACAAGAUGCAUCAAGCUAACAGAUGGUGGUCUGCAAAAGAUAUUGCUUAAUUGCUCCUUGCUUCAGAGUUUGAAUCUUUACGCCCUUUCGAGCUUCACGGAUGAAGCCUACAAAAAGAUUUCACUUUUGGAUCACCUACGAUUUUUAGAUCUCUGUGGUGCUCAGAAUCUCUCUGAUGAUGCACUUUCUUGUAUAGCUCAUUGCAAAGCGUUGGCAUCUCUCAAUUUGACAUGGUGUGUGCGCAUCACUGAUCAGGGAAUCAUAUCCAUUGCCAAAAGCUGUAGAUCUCUUGAAUUUCUGAGCUUGUUUGGGAUUGUUGGAGUUACUGACAAGAGCCUGGAGGCCCUCUCUAGCUUAUGUUCAAAUACAAUUACAACCCUUGAUGUCAAUGGUUGCAUUGGCAUAAAGAGACGAACCCGUGAUGAACUUCUUCAGCUGUUCCCAAACCUGAAUGAUUUCUUCCUUGAAAAGCAGGAUGGGGAAGGGAUGAACAGCAUUAGCUGUUUCCAAUCUGACCAGCAAUCAUUUACCAUCAUGGACCGGCUGUUCAGAUUUUAUUAG